CCGCUCACGCUUCCGUGGAGGGAUCUCUUUAAUUGCAUUCAAGAGGAAUUUCUCUUGCAGCUGGUGCUUCAACUGACGGGAGCGAGUGGGAAUUGUGAAUGACUUUGCCUGGAGGAAGAAGGGAUUUUUAGUGAAAAAAGCAGAGAAGAGAGAGAAAAUAUGUUCUUUUGGAAAAGGCACUGCAAGACUCAACUCUUUUGUCAUCCAUCUCUUGCAGAUAAGGGACUUCUCGUCCUCAUUUCUCACACGCUCUUUACUGCGACGGUUCGACUGUCUGGAGAGCUUGCGAGGCAGCGUAUGUAAAUAAAGCUCAGGGAUUCUAUAGGCUGGGCGGACUGCCAGAAAGUGAGAACCUUCAGGGCUUUCUCUCGCCAUCUCUUUGUGGCGAGAAGCGCACCCUGACUGGAUCAACAAGUCUGAAAAGACAGACAGCUCUUCAAAUCAUCAGGUGAAAGUAGGAGCUGUAUGCGCCAACCUCACUUUUACGAGUGCUUGGUGCAAGAGAGGCAAGUCAGACAACACAGCCUGGAGAAAGACUAGAAGACGGACGGAUCUUCAACGCAUCAGAAAUCUCCAAGUCUUCCAACGCACCCAAGCGGGUCUCUAUUUGACAUGUUAUUUUUCUUAAACAGAUUGAGCUCUUUCCGGAAUUGGAUUUGAAUCAGAGGAGGAUUUGGAUCUUGUGUCUCUCACAUAUAGGUUUUUUCCCCCCCGCUUGUCAUUUCUGCAUGGUUGGAGGACCCUUGCCCUGCACACGAAGACUUUGUCUUCUCUUUGGUUUCUGGUCUUAAAAGUCUAAUUUGUUUUUGGGGGUCUCCUUUGUCUCAAUGGCUCUGCACUAGUGGAGUGAAGCGUGACUGAAUUGAUCUUUUGUCUGAAGCUAGGUUUCUUCUCACGGUGCGAAAACUCUGCAGCCCCCACACCGACCCCUCUAAAACCCCCUCCUUCCAUCUCUCCUACAUGAGUCCCCUCGUACCCUUCCUCCCUCCACUCCCACACACCUCCUCGUCUUCCAUCCACAUGCCACUGCGAUCGGUGAGCAUGUGAGAGUUCUGUGCAUGUGUGCUUCUGUUUGCAGAAAGCGUAAGCCAGGAUUAGGUGUGUGGAGGGUGAUGUGUUGCUUGAUGCAUCUUCAGUUGACCAAUUCGGGACCGGGAGGACCCCAAACCAUUCCUAAGGGAUUCCACAACGCGUACAUCUGUGAUUGAGUGUGUGUGCGUGCGUUUCACUGGAUGCACUUAAAUUGGACUGACAGAAGUGGAGAGAGGUGGAUAACGACGGUAUCCCACCAUGUCUGGAGUGUGAUCGCGGUGGUGUGAUAUCAGAGCUGGUGCCGGCACACUGCAUUUAUCCGGGCUCAUCAUGAAAAAAACACGCAGCACCACUUUGCGCAGGGGCUGGCCCAGUUCCGAAUUCUCGGACCGAGCCUCCGAUCGCACACGGUCACGGAGCGAAAAAGACUACCGGCUCCACAAACAUUACCCUAAACACUUCAUCUCUCACUGCCCUCAAGGAUUCAUGAUAACAGGUGAUGUGUCUCCCAUCAGCAUGUCUCCCAUCAGCCAAUCCCAGUUCAUCCCACUGGGAGAAAUCCUGUGCCUGGCCAUUUCUGCCAUGAACUCCGCUCGUAAAACUGUCACACAAGAGACUCUCAUCGAACACCUAGCAACAUGCUUCCCAGGUGUCCCCACUCCAAGUAUGGAGAUCCUGCGGCAUACGCUAAACAUGCUGGUCCGAGAGCGGAAGAUCUACCCCACCCCAGAGGGUUAUUUCAUUGUUACCCAGCAGACAUACUUCAUCACCCCUUCCCUGAUUAGGACUAACAGCAAGUGGUACCACCUGGACGAGAGGAUACCAGAACGCAUGCAGCAGCAGCAGCCAUGUACUUCUCCUCACUCGAGUACCAUGACACCCUCCACUUCGGGAUGUGUCCGGGAAAGACCUCACCCCAAGAACCACAGUGACUCCUACAACAGCUACCGGGAGGACAUCCCUAGUACGCAUACCUUAACCUUACAGAGAAGGUCUAAGGAGCAUAAAGAGUCUUCUCCUGUGUCUCCGACCCCUCAGCAGCAGCCAACAGAGAAGAGUAAGAGUGCGCUUAGUUUUCCGUUUAAAACCGAGACAAACAGUAAACACAAAGACGGAAGCAGCAGCAGCGGGGAAAAGCAGUCUAAGAAGUUCGGCCUAAAGCUGUUCAGGUUGAGCUUCAAAAAGGACAAGACGAAACAUCUAGCCACAUUUUCAGCCCAGUUCCCACCUGAGGAGUGGCCACUGCGGGACGAGGAGACACCGAGCACUGUUCCUAGAGAGGUGGAGAUGGAGAUCAUCCGUCGGAUCAACCCAGAUCUCACGGUGGAGAACCUUGCUCGUCACACAGCUGUAAUGAAGCGGUUGGAGGAGGAGAAGGCGCAGCGGAACAAAGCCAACUCCUCGGCUCAGCAGAGUGCCCGCAGCAAGAGGAGCCGCAGCCAUCGAAAGGCCCAGCAGGGCAAGGCAUCACGUUCCCAUAGCAAAACACGUGCAUCCAGGGGGGAUCCAUCUGAAGGAUCCAAUCUGGACAUAACCUAUGAUCGGGAUUACAGAUUCUUCAGCUCCUCAUUGGUACGUUCGCCUCGCGAAACCAUGAUGUCCAUGGAGCGGAAUAGGGGAAAGUAUAUGGUUCACAGCAACCCCAAUAUUGUGGAGUCUCAUUUUACCACCGCUCCAGAGUGGGAUGUUUCUGGGGAACUGGCAAAGCGGCGGACAGAAAUGCCAUUCCCAGAACCUUCUAGGGCACAGUCACAUUCCAAAGUCCACCGAAGUCAUAGUCAUACGCAAGAGAGAAAGUCACGGAAUGAGAGGUCGGACAAGGCCAAAGAAAGGUCACGUUCCAUGGACAACUCCAAGGGACCACUAGGUGGUCCAUACUUGGGAGGCCCAGAGAACUUUGAGUGCAGUCCCGAUGACAGGAGUCGGUACUACACUGAUGACGGUACUUUGAGGGCAUCUGCACAGGCGACCCACUAUUCCCGCAUCAUGCUAUCUGCUGCUAGAUUACACCCGGAGGUUUGUGUGCCUGAUGUUGGAAGAGGAUCCUCAGAGGAUGCUGUGCUUUACCGGACGCUGGAGAAGAGUAAAAGCAGGGAUAGUCUUCCUGCUUUCAAUGACCUGAAGUCUUGCUCUCCCAAAACACCAGUAGAUGACUACUUCCAGUGCACUGCAGCAAAUGAAGUCUCUCUGUCUGCCCCACCUUCUCUUGCAAAACCCAGCCAUGACUUUACAGAUAGUGUCUGGAAGGGAAUCUCCUCGGAGCGACUGACCCCUCAUCUUACGCCACCUCACCCUAUAGAAUAUCAAGAGGAGUCCGCAAAGGGACAAAGUAGCAUUUCUAUAGGGUCAACGAGCCAAAUCCCCGAGUAUCUCCCCAAUGGACGACUGUUGCACCAACACAACCCCGACUCAGGUGACUUGGACAAAAUGCCAGAGGUUUACAGCCAAGAGACUUUGUUCAAACCUCCAGACUAUGUUGAGAACAGCUUCUCAAGGCCAGGUACGAUAGGUAAGUCCCCUCACACCAAGUCGACAGAGGUCCUGGAGACUCAGGAGCAUUUUGCUAAACCUCUACCACUGACCGUGCCACCAUCCUCGGCUCAGGAGCAAGCUUCAUGCGCAGAAACCACCUUCGACUAUUAUAAUGUGUCGGAUGAUGACUCUGAAGAGACUAGUCAUAAGAACCGGGUGGAGGAGAAAGUUCGAGAAGAGGGAGGGACAAUGCAAUGGCUGCUUGAACGGGAGAAAGAGCGGGAUUUGCAACGGAAGUUUGAGAAGAACCUUACCUUUCUAAGUCCCAAGGAAGGUGAGAGCAACAACAGCCAAAAAUCAGUCCAUUCUACCCGAUUGGACAGUAUGGACUCCAGCAGUGUGACUGUGGACAGUGGAUUUAAUUCCCCACGCACGCGGGAAAGCCUUGCUUCGAACACCUCGAGUAAUGUGGAAAAUAGCAGGCGACAGAAUAUGGCUUUGAGUCCAGGACACAUUGGCACCAAAAGACCCCCGCCGCCCUACCAGCCCCCCAGCUUCCGCACCAUCCGUGAGCCGCCCGCCAACCGCACGGAGAAGCAGGCCUCCAUCACCAGCGUGUAGUGAUGGGGACGGCCGCCAGGACUGUGUCAAUCUUACAGCGCUCGGGUGACGCCUGUUCCAGCGCUUUUCAAAUGUAGACGUUUGAUUCAUCACGAUUCACUGGAGGUGUCUUUUACUUUUUGGGAUAUUUGUAACAAAUACUGCUGCAGACAAACAAGUCACUUCAUUAGGACUAAAUUUACAGCGAUCUCUUUGGGAUGAAAUGCUCGAUCAAACUCAUUUGUAGGUGUCCUUUAUAGCUUCAUGCAUCCACUACGGGUCUUAACUGUCUUCUGAUCCAAACUUGGCUGCGUUGCCUCUGCCUGUUCAUUCAUCGCUCUGUCUGGUGUGUCCCUCUGUACGCUCAGGUCCCUCUGAACUCUACUGACUUGGUGUUUCACAUUUGCUGGCCGAAAUUUGAAGGCCACGAUAAUCUCCCUGGAAAUCAUGUUUCUGCUGGAAUCGUUCUAGUGCAUCCUUGUGUAUCGUCCGCCGUCCUGGGAUCUCUCUGGGACAUUUAUGUAGAAUCGGAACGAAACAUACCACCGCUAAUGCAUUAUUUGUUUAUAAAAAAUACCAAUUUAAAUAUUACUGGUGCUUUCUCAUUGAAUGGAGCAUUUUUAUUUAAAAAAGAAAAAGAUAACAUUUUGGAAUCCUUUUUUUUUUUUUUCUCCAGAGUUACUCUUUUAACCAGGUGCUCAACUACUAGAUGACACAGAAUACACACAUUGCUACCUCCACUAUUUGUACAGUCGUAGAGGGAGACAUGAGAGACGUCCACCCCACCUUACGCCCGCUGUAUUAGACAAACCACUAUCAGCUUGCAAACUGUGAAUGUACUACUAGUGCUUUUCAAUCACAUCUCCAUCAUCAAGCGUUAGUAACCUACUGUUCUCAAACUAAUAGAGCCAAAUCUCAUCGUAAUAGAAAGGAGACUUGUGUAGAGUUUGUAAUCAUAUAGGAAACAUAUAGAGUGGAUCAUUUAGGACUUCAUAUCUCUGAUAUGUCCUGCCAUGUUCAAUUAUUUAUUGUUAUUAAAAUUAUUAUUAUUAUUAUUAAAAUUAGUUUUUUUUUUCAGUUAUUUUAGCGCACAAAUUCAUGGUAAGCAUUUAGAACAAUAUUUCACUGAUUCUUGAGAUGUGGGGCAAAACUUUAUUAUUAUUUUAUUUAUUUAUUUAUUUAUGGAGGGGGGG